GAAAAAGGCAACAAGCGCACACAGCACACCCUCUAGUGCUUAAUAGUUAAGAUGGCUUCCCACAGUGCUGUUCUCUCUGUGUCCAAACUCAUUAAUCCUUUUUGGGGCGGACGCCUUGGAAAUACGGUUAAAGUAUUUGGAACAACUCUGACAAGCCACAGGAAAAAGGCCUUGCUUACUGGAGAAAACAUUCCCCCUCCUGCAAAGUAUGGAGGCAGACACACAGUGACCCUCAUACCUGGAGAUGGAAUUGGACCAGAGCUGCUUAGUCAUGUCAGAGAGGUUUUCAGAUAUAGCUGUGUGCCGGUGGACUUUGAGGUGGUGCAUGUCAACUCUGCUUUGGAGACUGAGGAUGAUAUCAAUAACGCCAUCACUGCCAUCCGCCGUAAUGGAGUUGCCCUCAAAGGUAACAUUGAAACCAAACAUACCAUGGCGCCAUCUGUCAAAUCCAGAAAUAAUCUCCUUCGCACAAGCUUAGACCUGUAUGCCAAUGUGAUGCACUGCCAGUCCCUCCCUGGAGUCCAGACUCGCCACAAGAACAUUGACAUCAUGAUCGUCAGGGAGAACACAGAGGGAGAGUACAGCAAUCUGGAGCACGAGAGUGUAUCAGGGGUAGUGGAGAGUCUCAAGAUCAUUACAAGGAACAAUUCCCUCAGGGUUGCUGACUAUGCCUUCCGACUGGCCAGGGAGAAAGGUCGUCGUAGGGUCACUGCUGUACACAAGGCCAACAUCAUGAAGCUCGGUGAUGGCUUGUUCCUGCAGUGUUGCAGAGAAGUGGCCUCUGGUUACCCAGACAUCACAUUUGACAGCAUGAUCGUGGACAACACCACCAUGCAGCUGGUUUCCAAGCCCCAGCAGUUUGAUGUGAUGGUGAUGCCCAACCUGUACGGGAACGUGGUGAGCAACGUGUGUGCAGGCCUGGUGGGAGGGCCUGGCCUCGUGCCCGGGGCUAAUUACGGCCGGGACUAUGCUGUCUUUGAAACGGCCACAAGGAACACAGGGAAGAGUAUUGCGGGCAGGAACAUUGCUAACCCCACUGCAAUGCUGCUAGCCAGCUGCAUGAUGCUGGACCACCUUAAGCUUCAUGACUAUGCAAGUUUGAUCCGAAAUGCAAUCCUCACCACCAUGAAUGAAACCAGGUUGCACACAGCUGAUAUUGGCGGUCAGGGCACCACAUCAGAGGUGGUCCAGUCCAUCAUGAGGAUGAUCCAGAGUAAAGGGAAGCUCACAACUGAGCUCUAAACACACUCAUCAGAAGUGUGAGUUGGAACAGCUGUAUCUGGUGACAGGUCCACAAUGUGAGAGAGGAGGUCGAUGCGUGUCUGUAGCAUCCGGUCUUAUCGCUGACAUCAGAGUGGUUAUUUUUUAUUCUUCACGUGACUUAUUGAGCAGUUGACUGUACAAGCGACCUUCACAUACAAUAAUAAUGGCCUUUACCAGGCAUUUCCAUUAUCGCUACUAUUAAAUGAUAAAGCCUACUGUAAGGAAAGGUUAUGUUUCCUGAGUUGAGCAGGUUCAUUCAAACAUCUGUUCAUGCAAAUUGUUAUGAAACAUGAAUAAGCAUCUUUUGCAGUAUGUUAAUCCCUGAACAGAUGUUGGGGUCAGAAAUAUUUUAAAAUAGCCUUGUAUGAACAUGCGUUGCCCACUCUGCAUUCAUCAAUGUGGAUCACUUUAUUUUAAGUUCCAACUGUAUUAGAGCCUUUUCAAUCAACCAAAAUGUGCGAUGUUUGUCUAGCUUUUUUUUUGUCAUACUGUAAGGUUAAUUGUCGCCUGUUACACACUGCACUGUACUAUACUGUGUGUUCACAUCAGAUCAACUGUACUAUAAAAAAUGUGAUAUAGCUAUUUCAUAUAUACUGUAUCAUGAGAGGAGGUGUACAUCAAGUAACUGCUGUCGAAGCUGAAGUUUUACGCUUGUGCCAUAAUAAUGGUUUCACCUAAAGUUUGGAUCACAUCACAAAAAUAUACUGUUGUCUCUAAUCAGACAAGAGCUCUUAAAGCCUAAUAUGAAAAGACUGGGGUUUAUCAUAUUUGUGGAUGGGAAUAUAGAAAUACUGUAUAACAAAAAUAUUAUCAAUAAAGAAAUAAUCCACCCUUAA